CCUCUAUACACCAAAACCAACCAACAUCCUCACUCCAUACACACCACCAGCCACCAAAAUGUACACACCCUACUACUACUACUACCCAGCAGCCCAAGCAAUCCCCCUCCCACGCCCCGUCCCCAUCCAAUACACCUACCCCCGCCCCAUCAUCCCACAACUCACUCCCGGCCCCGGCUCCUACGGCACCCCUCUCCCCGUCCCAGCAAACACACCCACAGACCACCAUCUCCAAUACAUCGGCGGUCGGUGGACAGUGGUUCCUCAUUACCAUCUCAACCAGGCUUCUCCACAAGUUCGAUACUACUCUCCUCCAGCAGCAGCAGCAGCAUAUCCAAGAACUGGGUAUAAUACCGUGCAUGGGUAUGAUUACGGGCAAGCGCCUCCUGGAUGGGGUCAGAAUGCUGGGGUUUGGAACUGGGUAGCGGCUCCUGUGCAGAUGGUGCCGUUGCCGGCUCCUGUUGGGUAUCAGAUACUCCCUGUGGCGAUUCCCGCAGCUCCAGCUCCAGCUCCAGCGCAGAAUCUAAACCCAGCAACGCAGAAUCAAGCACCGGCUCCAGCGCCGCGAGGGGAUGAUCCUACACCUGCACCAAUGCCUCAUUCACAGACUGAUCCAGCCACGCAGGCUGCGCCACCGAGGACGGAAGCGUCAAGACAAGCAAAUGAGGACACUACACCAGCUGAACCAACGCAUGGGAGAAGUGCGGCAUCAUCUGCAGAUUCGACUAGAGCGCAGAACGGCCAUUAGUAGCAUCAAUUCAAGACGGGUGGUAGUGGGUAUUGAGAGAUUGAGCUUAACGCUGGAUAAUGGAUGCUGUAGAUAUGAUGGAAAGUGACAGUGUCGGAAUUCGUAUAUUGCGUAGAAGCCGG